GUCACGUCGCCUGCUCCCCAGUUCCAUCCGUCAUGGAACCGCCACUCCCUCCUGCUCUUCCCAUGGAGGUGCAAUAUACUCGAUUCUGGUGCGAAGAAAACAUAUAUAUUCUCGCGAGACAGUUCAUACAAGAGAUAGAUUCAAGAUGGAAAGUGUUUGUAGUGUUCAUUUCGAACACGACCAAAACGGUGGCUCUUUUGAACCAAAGGUCAGCUAUGGAGAGUCAACGACCCGUUAUAUGGGAUUAUCAUGUCAUUCUGGUUCUCCGAUACGAGUGUGCCAGAAGCAAACCAUGUCUUGUUACCAGCUGGGUUUAUGAUUUCGACAGCGGCUUGGAUAUACCUUCAACUUGGAAAGACUAUUAUCUCCAUACAUUCUCACCUGUCCUCCUGGUAGAACUACAAAGCACUUUUAGGAUCGUAUCGGGGGAUCAGUUUGUUGAUAAUUUUGCUUCAGAUAGAUCACAUAUGACCAAGGGUGCCCGGCGCAGAGCGGGUGUACCACUCACCUCCGCCGUCAUACCCUUGUAUCUGCGGGCCAAGGUCUGUAGAUAAGGGCGUUACCCAUAAUCUCACAACAUUCAUUUCCAUGUUGCCCUCAAACGAUGGACUGGGAGAAAUUCACACUCUAUCCAGUGCCAACACAUUUUUCU